AUGGGCACUCGUAUUAAACAGACCCUGCAGGAUCGGCGGAAGGGAGAGCUUGCGCUCUCCGACUUCGCAGACUAUGUCGAAAGGCAGCAAGCCAAAAAUCGAGCAAAGCAGCCAUUACCUACGUCCAACAGCCACACCGUCCCCUCUACCGCUCCUAGUAUCAUCUCAGAAGACCAUGCCGAGCUGGACAUCCUCGACCAACUAGGUCUUUCCGAUGCUCCGACGCAGGUCAACCUGAAAGAGUGGCUGCUUGAUUCGUCCCAGAAUGCACCUGAGACUCUCCAGCAGAUAGCUGGCUUGCUCCGGUCCCGCAUUGAUGAAGACCAUGGGGAGACUCUGUUUGAUCUCGGCUUACUGGAUAGCGGCGAGUCCAUGUGCUUCACAAAAGAGCAGUGGGAUCUCGCACUGGCACGGAUAAUAGAAGCAGCAAGCACUAUCAAGGCUGCUGUGAAAGUACUCUUAACUUUCAACGUUGGUGGUCCAGAGGAAGCUCAGUCGAAGAAUACCAACGACAAGGACAAAUCUAGCCACGGCAAACUUCUCAUUCGACAGACUCCCGCCACGGCGGAGGACGUGAUCGAGACCCGUAUCGCAGUCGUGGGGAAUGUCGAUGCAGGCAAGUCGACCAUGUUGGGUGUCUUGGUGAAAGGCAACCUCGACGAUGGCCGUGGCAAGGCCCGAGUGAAUCUGUUCCGUCACAAGCACGAGGUCGAAUCCGGUCGGACGUCAUCUGUCGGCAUGGAGAUCAUGGGCUUCGAUACCCACGGCGACGUCGUUUCAUCCAAUGUGCCCGGCCGCAAGUUGACGUGGGGCGAGAUCGGGACACGUUCCGCGAAGGUGAUAACUUUUACUGACCUCGCCGGCCAUGAAAAGUACCUGCGCACCACCGUCUUUGGACUGCUGUCGUCCGCGCCCAACUAUUGUCUCCUCAUGGUCGCGGCCAACAACGGCCUCAUCGGCAUGUCAAAGGAACAUUUGGGCAUUGCUCUCGCUUUGAACGUGCCAGUCAUGGUGGUCAUCACGAAGAUCGACAUAUGCCCGCCGCAGAUUCUCGAGCAAACCAUUUCUCAGCUGACCAAGAUCCUCAAGUCACCCGGAGCACGGAAGAUCCCCAUCUUCAUAAAGACCCACGAAGAGACCGUGGUGACAGCUACUCAGUUUGUCUCGCAGCGGAUAUGUCCCAUAUUCCAGGUGUCCAAUGUCACGGGUGAAUCGUUGGACCUUGUGCGGACUUUUCUGAAUAUUCUCCCUCACUACGGCCACUAUGACGACGACGCUCCGUUGGAGUUUCACAUCAACGACACCUUCUCUGUCCCGUUCGUCGGCACGGUCGUGUCUGGUGUGGUCGAGUCUGGUGUUGUUCACGUGGGAGACACGGUGCUCGUAGGUCCCAACUCACUGGGCCAGUUCGAGACAAGCAGUGUCCGAUCCAUCGAGCGGAAGAGGAUCUCAGUCCCUGCGUGCGGUGCCGGCAAGUCGGCUUCUUUGGCACUGAAGCGUGUCCGGAAGAGAGACGUGCGUAAGGGCAUGGUCGUGCUGCCAAAGUCCGACAGUCCGCCGAAAGUGUAUCGAGAGUUCGUGGCGGAGGUGCUCAUCUUGUCUCACGCUACGACCAUCCGACCGAAGUACCAGGCCAUGCUCCAUGUUGGACCCGUGAGCCAGACGUGCGCCAUCAUCGAUAUCGACCGCGAGUACAUCCGGACCGGAGACCGAGCUACGGUUGCGUUUCGAUUCAUUCAGCGACCGGAGUUCAUCACGGUUGGUCAACGUAUAUUGUUCCGAGAGGGUAGGACUAAAGGGCUCGGGAUCGUGAAGUCAGUCGGCUACGAGGCGGGAUCUCUCAGUAAGCAGGUGUCUUCAAACGGCGACGAGGGUAGGGAGAAGGUGGUGGAGAAGGGAAAGGGAAAAAGCUGA